AUGUCGAAUCAUGAAGUCAGGAUUAACCUCGCACCAGAGGUUGAGUUACAUGCCAAGAAAGAUGCGCUUGUGACAUCUCCUUCACAAGAACAGGCUGUGAGGGAUACAGCAGAUGCAGGAAAUGAUUGUGCUGAAGAAAAAGAUAACAGUGGGAAAUCACCUCUUCCUCAAGACCUGCCUAAUAAUCAAAGCAUAAAUGAAGACUUUAAAAAACUGUACAAAGCUGCAUUGAAAGAUGAAUGGAACACAGCUUAUAAGGAAGUUUUUAAAGGAGAUCCAUUGAAAAAUUCAAAAUAUUUAACAGCUAGGAUAUCAGAAAAACAGGACACUGCACUUCACAUUGCAGUUGCGGCAGAGUCCUCUAUGUUUGUCAAAAAACUGGUAAAUUUUAUGCAGAAAGACGAUUUGGCUAUUAAAAAUGGUGAUGGCAAUACUGCUUUUUUUCUUGCUGCUGAAUCCGGAAUGGUGGGAUUUGCCAAGAUUAUGGUUGAGAAAAUGAAGAGUUACCAGGUAUCCGUGGAGGUGGAGUUGAGGAGAUGUUACCAAUUCAUAUAGCGGCGCAGCAUGGCCAUGAAAAGAUGAUGGAGUUUCUUCACAGCGUAACUAAAAACAUGACAGAAAAGGACAAGAAAAAAUUACAAGAUCUGACCAAUGGAAAAGAUUUGUUUGGGGAAGCGAGGGUUGAUAAUGCACCCGAAAAUGUGUUACAUGAAAAAAAUGACGAGCAUGUGAUAAAACCUCCUCAAGAAGAGUCAGGUAUAGAACUUUU